AUGCCGCGAGCUUCCGAGGGCGAAGUGUGCCAGGCUGUGCUGAGCUUCGUCACCGAGGGCGCCUAUCCGGAGGAGAGCGUGGUGGCUGCGGAGCUCACUGCCACAGCUCUCGCGAAGGAAUUGGAGCUGAUAUCCCAGGCCCGGCAGCAAGUAGAGAAUGAAAUCAGCUCGCUUAGUCGCGAGAACACCACCUUCGAUGCCGACGAUUGGAUUGUCCAAGCGAAACAGCUGCACGCAGACAUUGAGCGCUCCCGAGUCACCGCACGCGAGAUUGUCGCCCAGCAUGAACACACCCGCCCCCUGCGAUCCAAGGUUGAGGAUGCGGGCGCGAAAGUGGGAUUGAUCGAGACGGAGAUCGCGUUCAACCAGGCCGUGGCAGAGACACUCGAAGUGGUGCAGCGCUUGUGCCAACAAUUUCAGAACGGGCGAGCUGCUCUAGCCAAUGGUCAUAUUACGGCCGCGAUCGAGCAUUGGGAGUCUACAAGUGCGGCGAUUGGGAGAGACGCUUUCUUCACCAACACCAAUGUGAUGAGUAUACUCACCCUCGAGACCAGAGGACUGCUGCAGGAAAUUGAAGAAGCUCUGCGUCUGCGUUGGGACGAGCACCUGAAGGUUGACCGCCAACAUGGGCAGUUCCAGGUCAUCAAAGGCGAUGCAGCAGAUUCUCUGGACAACACCAUUGCGUCACUGUCGCGACUGGAUCUUUUCACUUCAGCUUGCGAGAAACUCCUGAGAGACCUCUGCAUCGCAAUUAUUGAUCCGAUUCUGUUGCCACGAGCCGAUGGUGGCAGUCGGGCGGUUUCAAUCACAGAGACUGGCAUCCGCAUCCAACUAGAGUACUCGAAAACCACUGUGGCCGAGACCCUGAAUCGCACGACGGAAGUUUUGGAUUAUCUGCGACAGAGCCUGCCACCAUCCAUAUUAGCUGAGCUUCCUCAGUCGUUCAUUCCGUCUGUUUCAUCCAAGGCAAUCUCAGGGUGGCUGUCCUCUGCGAUCCCAACCACUCUCGAAGGCCUUGAAGAGUUUGAGAAGACGCUGGACUGUGUUCUUCUAUUCACCAAUACAAUUCAGUCUUGGGGAUGGAAUGGGAUCGAAGAGCUUGUGUCAUGGGUCAACCAGGCGCCUCGUCUGUGGCUGACUCGGCGUCGCGUCGACUCACUUGAUAGUGUGCGCAAGGUACUUGCAGCCAGUAAAGGCACAACCAAGCAAGUUGAGCGUGUUGAGAAGGAGAAGCUCACUCAGGCCGAUGAAGCCUUGCUCGAGAAUGCCACCACAGACGACUGGGAUGCUAGCUGGGAUGAUGAGAAAGACGAGGAAAGCACGGCUGAUCAGGCAACGACCACCCAGCCCGAGGACGAUGAGGAUGUCAGUGCGUGGGGUCUUGAUGAGGAUACCCAAGAACAAUUCCAACCUGAUACCGCAGCCAUCACUGAAGAGGAAGAUGCUAAUGAUGCUUGGGGCUGGGGCGAUGAAGAAGAAGAAAAAGAAGAAAAGGGCGUGCAGAGCAAACCCUCGCAGGCUAACCCAGGUACCACGAAGCCAGCAAAUGGUGAACUACCAGCGCAGUCUUCAGUUCCCAGAGAAAUGACCCUGAGGGAGGUCUAUACAGUCACCGAUAUCCCAGACUCGAUACUCGAUAUUGUUCGCCAGCAAAUUAACGACUCGAAAGCUAUCUCGCAGUUCGCGCAUUCUACUUCCCGGGUUGCUUCAUCAGGCGCUGGCCUGCUCGCGCUACCCACCUUGAUUCUGGCCAUGUUCAAGGCCACAUCGUCCUCUUUCUAUUCGCUGAAGCUCGGCUCAGGACAGAUGUAUCUUUACAAUGAUAGUCUGUACCUUGCUGGCCAAGUUCGAACGUUGAUGGAAGAGCACGAGUUAUCGAGGCUCAGCUCUGACGUGGAAGCUCUGGAGAAAUUUGGCAAAUUUGCUUACAGUAAAGAGAUGCAGACCCAAAGCACCAUUGUCACAGACCUUCUUGAUGGUGCACAAGGUUUUGGGCAAUGCGCUGAACAGCCAUUCAAGACAGAAUGUGAUAAUGCUGUGAGCGCGACUGCUGAUCGGAUUCGUGAUGUCUACAAGGAGUGGCAGCCUAUCCUGUCGCAUUCCGCCUUGCUCCAGUCAGUUGGGGCUUUAUUGGCUACCGUGAUCAGUAAGAUCAUUGUUGAUGUCGAAGAUCUGGGUGACAUCUCUGAAGAUCAGUCCAAACAGCUGGUCGCUCUCUGCAACCAAAUUUCAAAGCUUGAGGAUCUAUUCAUGCCUGAGACAACCGGUGAUACCGAAGCUGUACCGGUCACGGCUGUCUACGUACCAAACUGGCUUCGCUUCCAGUAUUUGAUUAAUAUACUCGAGAGCUCCCUGGCUGACAUCAAAUUCCUUUGGUUGGAGGGUGAAUUGGGCCUAGAGUUCUCCAUCGACGAGGUGGUCGAUUUGAUCGAAGCCCUGUUUGCAGAGUCUGACUAUCGCCGUCGUGCCAUUGCAGAUAUCAAGCGUGCUCCUCGGUGA